AUGGCAGCCCGCAACACCCUCCGCCGGUCCUUGCUAUACGUCCCCGGUUCGUCACAGCGAUUUCUCGACAAAUCCCGCUCGCUAGUGGCGGAUUGUCUCACCUAUGAUCUCGAGGACAGUGUCACGCCGCACAUGAAGGCGGAGGCUCGGUCGCUGGUGCGGAGAGCCAUCGAUCAGCCUACGCCGGAGAAUAUUCGCGAGCGCGCGGUGCGCAUCAACUCGGUGGAUAGCGGAAUGGCGUUGGGGGAUUUGACGGAGGUGCUUCAAUCACCCAACCUGACUACCAUCGUCAUCCCCAAGGUCAAUUCAGCCUCGGACCUGACAUUCGUCACCGAUGUCGUCAGUCACACUCUAUCACAGCUCCCGCCCCGAGAAAACAGACCUCCAAUUUCACUUCUCGCCCUUAUCGAGUCCGCCAAGUCUUUAACGAAUCUCUCAGAGAUAUGCGCCGCCUCACCCCUCCUCCAAGGAUUGAUCUUCGCAGCUGAAGACUUCGCUCUAGAUCUGAGUAUCACGCGAACUCCCUCAUUGACAGAAUUCCUCUUCGCACGCUCGGCAAUCGCGACCGCUGCGCGUGCCGCGAACCUCCCGUCUACGAUUGAUUUGGUCUGCACGGCGUAUAAAUCUGAUAAAGCUGAUGGGUCUCCGCCAGCGGUUUUGGAGGAGGAAUGCCGUGAUGGACGUCGAUUGGGAUUUAAUGGGAAGCAAUGUAUUCAUCCCUCGCAGGUGAAGACGGCGAAUGAGAUCUUUGGUCCGGAUCCGGCGGAGACUACCUGGGCGAUGCGUGUUGUUAUUGCUGAUGAUAAGGCUGCUGCGGCGGGACGAGGUGCGUGGACGUUGGAUGGGAAGAUGAUUGAUGUACCCGUUGCGCAUAAAGCUCGAGCUAUUGUGAAGAAGGCCGAGGCUUGUGGUGUGGAUGUCAAGGCUCUGCGGGAGGAAUGGCAGCAUCAGGAGCCUGAGUAA